UAGUAGGAGACACCUUUAACCACCAGAUAGCUAGCUACAAGCUGGACGGUACAGCUAAGCAGGUACUGGCCGAGGGUGAUAUGGAGAGUGUGGAUGGGUUGGCUGUGGACUGGAUAUCUGGCAAUGUCUUCUGGACUAACGGCGGUGAAACUUCCGGAAAGAUAGAGGUAGUUGAUGGCAAAGGAACUGCCAGAAGGAUUAUCGUGUCAGAUAACUUGGAAAAACCUCGAGCUAUCGCACUUGAUCCUGUCUUAGGACACGUUUUCUGGACUGACUGGGGGAACAACAACUCUGGAAUAGAGCGAGUAGACAUGGACGGUAAUUACAGGGAGCGGCUUGUUACAGAGGACAUUGUCUGGCCUAAUGGUCUCGUCUUAGAUACUAUAAACCGAGUGAUGUACUGGACGGAGGCUAACAGAGACUACAUCGGUAGAGCCUCCAUGAGGGGUGACAAUGUGGAGAAGAUAGUCGCUACUAAAGUCUACCAACCUUUCUCUAUCACAAUCGCGGAUGACGGUAUUCUACUGUGGACAGACUGGGGGACUAACGCUAUUGAGUCAGUAAACACCAAUAACCUGACAGAACGCUCCUCUGUUCUCAACAACUUCAAGAGACUCAUGACAAUCCAUCACUACGAUCACAGGACUCAGACAGGAACGAAUGAAUGUGCUAAUGAUAACUUCGGUUGCUCACAUCUCUGUCUUAAAACCCCCAGUGGAGCUUUAUGUGCUUGUAAGACUCACUUACAACUUAUAGACGGUAUAGGCGGCAAAACGUGUGCGGAGGACCCCUGUCUGACGAACAACGGGAACUGUUCGCACACGUGUACACUUAGUGAAACGGGAGUGAAGUGCUUGUGUCCUGACCUGUUCAUGCUGGAUGAGGACGGUGUCACUUGUAGAGCAUCAGAGAAAAGUCUGUUGAUAUCUUCUCACGCCUUCAUUUACAGAGUUACUCUGGAUACCCCUACACCGCAGGUGUCUUACCUGAACUACAACUCCAUCUCUUACUCACUUGCUCUGGGAUAUGACUCUAAAAACGAGCGUGUGAUAUACCGUGAUGCCAAAGCUGGGAUAGUUUCUGUUUCUCUGGACGGACAGGAUGUCCAGCAACUCAAUGAUGACUGGGAAGCUUUCUCUAUUACUGUAGACAAUAUCGCGGGUAACCUGUACUGGGUGAGACGUAACCUAGUUAUGGUGUCCCGAGUGGACGGUUAUCACAUCAGAACACUCUACACUGGUCCCACAGACUCGACAGUAACAGAUAUAGUAGUGUACCCUCAGAAACGCUUCUUAUUCUGGACUGUGAAGAGGGAGAACAAUGGGUUCGUCAUGAGAGGAGCAUUGGACGCUUCCGACACAGUGAAGAUAGAUCAGCUGCCUCUAAAGCCUACUGGUGUAGCGAUAGAUCACAGGGAUGAGAGGGUGUAUUAUGUGGACCUGUUAAAUAGAGAUCACAUCCUCAUCAGUAUGAACAUGGACGGUUCUGACAGACAGAAACUUUAUCAGGAUGCACAGCACAUGUUUGUUGAUCUGGCUAUUGACGAGGGGACCCUUUACUGGACUCAGAGUCUUCACGAUAACCUCAACUCAGCUAAACUACCUGGCUUCACUGAACAGAAGAACAUGAUCAGCUACCUGUCAAAAGGAAGACACGGUAUAAUCUCCACUAACGUGUAUGAUCUAGUGGUGGUUAACGCAACUGUUCCUGCGGGGACCUCUGGGUGUGAGGUUCAUGACUGUGAGGGUAUCUGCUUCGGUCGCCCCCUUGGGUUCAAGUGUCUGUGUGAGGACGAUGUCCCAGUAUCUCAAACAAACAGUUCCCGCUGUGGUUUAGACCCGCUCUUACUCCGAGCUAAGAGGGACGCUCUAUUGUCACGUGACCUUGUUACUGGCGAGGAGAGUGUUAUUAAAGACGGAAUAUCAGGUGUCUCCUCUAUAGCGUACCACUCCCGUAAGAACAUUACCCUGUGGGCUGACUCCAUGGUUGACAAGAUCAUGUCUCUUCUACCGGAUGGUAAUAGCACGGUGGUGGUCGGACACGGUAUUGUGUCUCUUAAAACUAUUGAGGUGGAUCAUGUUACUGAUAAAGUGUACUGGUUGGACCCAGGAACUAACAACAUUGGUGUAGCAGACCUAUCAGGAGAGUACCAAACCAUCCUCCCUCUCAACAACAACACCGAGAUAACAGCUUUUACUAUAUCUCCUAAACACAGGGCUCUCUUCUUCGCUGAGAUGUCAGCUAGAGUUAUUUACAAAGCCAGCAUGGACGGAAGUAACCAGGAAGUGCUAUUGGAAUCUACAGAUAACCUCACUAUCUCCAGAAUACAGAGUAUGGUAGUCGAUCCCCAGACUUCUACUCUGUACUGGGCAGACAGCGGCAGUGAUCAUAUUGGAUCACUACAACUGAACAGUACCACCCCUACUAAACUGAAGACUGUGGUUUCCACCUACUUCUCCUCAAUAGCAGUCUUCCAGGGCCAAGUCUACAUUGGUGAAAGGCUUCAGCAGAUGAUAUACCAGUUCGAUUUAAGAACUGAAGAGACUUUAGAGCUCCUUAGAAGAGAAGAUAUCGCAGAUCUGAAGGUGAACCAUGUAUCCCUCCAACCGAGUCUCUCCUCCACGUGUAGCCAGAACAAGGGGGGAUGUCACCACCUCUGUCUCCUUUCCAACUCCCCACUAGGCUUCUCUUGUGCUUGUGCUAACGGACUCGUUCUCGCUCCUGACUCUAAAACGUGUGUAGAACCAGCCCUGUCCCUGGUGAUAGCCGGCAGAUCUAAACUCCUGAAAGUGUCACUAGACAAGCUCCCGACCACCGCCUCUGUUCUCCCUUUCUCCGCUCAUACUAGUGGGGCUAUAGCUCUGGCAGUGGACGUUCUUAAUGGAGCUUACUUCUGGACGGAUGUCACUAAAGAUUCUAUUGUCAGAGGAUGGGCGAAUGGUACAGGCUUCUACCAAGAGGCAAUAGUUACGUCUAAUGUAAAGACUCCGGACGGAAUGGUUUACGACUGGGUCUCUCAGAUCCUCUACUGGACUGAUACUGCAUUAACCCACAUUCAGGUGUGUAAGUCGGAUGGUAGUUCCCGUAAGACACUACUUAGUGGACUGAGCAAGCCCCGGGCCCUGGCAGUAGAUUACCUGACCGGACACCUUUACUGGUCUGAGUGGGGAACUACACCUAGGAUAGCACGUGCUCACACUGACGGUAAGAACAUGGUGACACUGUACUCAGGGGAAGAUGUGGGUUGGCCCAAUGGCAUGACUAUUCAUCACGAGGACAGAAUUCUGUACUGGGCAGAUGCAAAGGUUGACAAGAUAAUAUCAUUUGAUCUGAAGACGAAUACUAAAACUGAUCUAAUAGUACGUGACAUGCAUCCCUUCGGACUGGCAGUCUGGCAGGAUCAUCUUUACUGGAGUGAUUGGCAGCACCAGUCAGUUUUCAGAGCUAACCGACAUGACCCGACCCUCGUUACAACGGUCGUAUCCGGCUGGAAGGAUCUGAUGGCGAUAGCUGUGAUACACGAUCAGGCUCAACCAACGCUGAUAAAGACGAACUGCUCGUACGGUAACGGAGCUGACUACCGAGGUAUGGGAGCUACAACUAUAUCAGGGAGGAAUUGUCAAGCCUGGAACUCACAGCUGCCUCAUAAACACAGCAGGAUGGAGGAGAACUAUCCGUUCGCUGGUCUAGGAGCACACAACUAUUGCCGUAACCCUGACGAUGAAGAGUUCCCAUGGUGCUACACCACCGACCCCCUAGUAAGAUGGGAAUACUGCUCCCUCAAACGUUGUGCUAAGGUACGCUACGAGCAGAUCUCUGCGAACAUGACUUAUUGGGACGCGCAGGAGAGAUGUGCUACUCUCGGUGGUAACCUGGCAACCAUUCGUUCUGAUAAAGAGAACAGUUUCGUACGAUCGAAGGUAAACACAGACGCCAGUGGAAUGGUAUGGAUAGGUUUAACAAAACUACUGGAGAACACGACUACAGGCUACACUUGGCUCAGUGGUGAUGGAACCCAAUACAUCAACUUCGGGGACAGUUUCGACAGAUCCCUCCAAUCCCAGUGGUCGAUAGCGAUGAACGUCAGAACAGGAAAGUGGUACAAAUACGACUCUGAAACCUCCUUCUUCUCCAUCUGCGAGAUCUACUCUGUUCCAGAAGGCUACACCACAGAAGGAAACGCUAACGGAGCAAUGUGCUCUUUCCCCUUCUACUUGAACUCAACCCUGAGGUACUCCUGCCAGCCUACUGACCCCAACCCUAGCGACGCUAAGUUCAUGUGUGGUACAGUGGCUCUAAAGAACGAGUCAGCUAGAGAGUGGGGCUUCUGUCAUUCUCACACUCUCGGUCUCGAUGACGACAAUACAGUAGAAGAGAUAAGAGCCUUUACUGACGGAGUGGAGAAUAACGACAUCCUGUCACCUGGGAGACAGUGUGAUGUGCCCUUCUCUAACCUUACUGUGGUCGGGAAUAUAGAUAUCCAGAUACAACAGGUAUACGUAGAGCUGAACACCGGUUCAGUACAGUCCAUGUCAGUGGCGGGUACCCCCUGUACUGAUAUCCAGAUCUUGAGUAACACUAGACUCUUGACGGUGAUCACGUGUGCAGAGCCUCUUACUGGUACAGUGGAGAUUAUCUUCACGGAGGGGACUAUCCCGUGUACUGUAAAGUUCCUUGUACUUGAGAAUCUGGCUAUAGGAAAGCAAGUUGUUAUGACAAACCCUGUUACAAGUGGAGCCGGUUCUUUUGCUGUCGACGGAAAAGUAACAGGUAGAAGCGCAGCAGAGUGUGCGGAGUCCCUCCAUCAUGAUACCAGGAGGAGAGGCGCGGAUCUGGAUCUCCCUGAUUCCGGUUUUCAGUUUACUCCUGGUCCUCAGUUCCUCCGGAUAGAUCUGGGUGAAACCAAGUCGGUAGCUCAAGUGCUCCUCUAUGUAUACUCCAUAAUCAACCCCUUCGAAGUACGUGUUGGUGAUAGUGAUGAGAUGGUAUGGUACGCUAACCCUGCUUGCGGAGGGUGGAAGUACAAGUCGUCAACGCAAACCCUGAAAAGGGUGAACUGUGGACGAGCUGGAAGAUAUGUAACUGUUAUUGUUAGAGACGAGACCAAAUCCAUCAGCUUGUGUGAAGUGGAGGUGUUUGCUGAUGCUACCCCUACAUAUGGGGGUACUGCUAAGGGUAAACCUUGUCAACAUCCCUUCGUGGCCAACGAUAAGGUUCAUAAAGAUGGUUGUGUGAUGGGAGGCAGUGAGCCUGGACAGGAGACUAGUCCGUGGUGUUACACAGUACCUGCAGAAAGCAAUCAGCUGUGGGGCUACUGUCAGCAUGCUGAAGAUGUGAAUGGUUGUGCAUUCAAUAAUGGCGGGUGCUCAGAUCUCUGUUUCAACACUCCUGUCGGUGUGAGAUGUGGCUGUGGAGACUUUAUUAACCUCCAAUCUGAUGGAAAAACAUGCGUGGAUAACCCUUGUCUAAACGAAGACAAAGGAGGAUGUGAAGACUCGUGUCGAUUAGGAGAGAACGGGAGAGUUUGUGGUUGUAGACCCUUGUUCAAGCUGAACGAGGACAAUGUCACGUGCUCCGAAUCGGAACUGUUCUUGAUUGGAGCUAACAAGACUACUAUCUUUAACUUAUCUGUUGACUCCAACCCUGGCGCUCUCAGAGUGCUGUUCAAAAACGUUGGCACUACAAUAGGAGUAGCUUACUCUCAGAAGAAACAGAUGAUUUUCUGGACGGACGCCGCUCAGGACGCCAUUUUCAGUGCUAAUUUGGACGGAACCAACAAGAAAAUAAUCGCUAGAGAAGGGAUAAAAUCUCCUGAUUGUAUAGCCUAUGACUGGAUAUCAGAUCUUAUCUACUGGAGCGACGGCAAAGCUGACACUAUUGAAGUGGCGAGAUAUGAUGGAAAGUUCAGGAAUUCCGUAAUAAACACUGACAUGGAGUCACCUAGAGGAGUUGCACUCCAUCCUAAACAGGGUAGAAUGUACUGGACGGACUGGGGAAGGAACCCAAUGAUAGAAUCCUCCAAGAUGAACGGAGAUGACAGGAAGGCUAUUAUCACAGAUAACAUCGCCUGGCCUAACGGUAUUACAAUAGAUUAUUCUGAGGACAAGAUUAUAUGGGUGGACGCAAAGCUCGACACCAUUGAAACUGCUGACUUAGAUGGACAAAAUAGACGAGUGAUAGAGAACGUUGAUGUUGUUCAUCCGUUUGGUGCAACUCUCUACGGAGACGAGAUAUUCUGGACUGACUGGGGCAGAAAGAGUGUUGAAGCUAUAGACAAACACGACAGUACAAAGAGAAGAACCGUUUACUCUGGUAUAAAUCAACCCAUGAACAUCAUGGCUCUAUCUGAACAAACAGGUACGAGCGCGUGCACUACCUCCCCCUGUAAUGACGGUAUCUGUGUGCCCACAUCCGAACAAGAGAGAGUCUGUAUGUGCGAGAAGAACGUUACUCCUGACGAGAACGGCUCUUGUGAUCGGGUACCUCAGAUAUUCGUGGCUCUACCUGACAAAGUCUUAUCAUUGGACGUCUCCAAAACCCUUGCUCCUCCUAAGCCCGUGUUAACAAAAGGUGCUACCAGCGUAGACUUUGACCAGCAAGAAGAAAAGAUUUACAUCGCCAGUCGUAACUCAAUCUAUAGGGUCAGCUUCGAUGGGUCCGAUUUUGAGAGGAUAUUUGAGACGGAGGGCGGUGUUAUGAACUAUGGUUUCGCUUCUAUUGCUGACAUUUGUGUGGAUUGGAUCGGAAGGAAUGUCUACUACGCAGAACUCUAUACUGGCAAUAUUUAUGUGAGCACGAUGACUGGAAAAUACCGAACAGCGGUCGCAAAGGGGAUCCCUCUUCUCCACUCCAUCACCCUCUCAAUGACAGAUAAGGAGAUUAUCUAUUCGACCUGGCAGUCCGUUUCUGAGAGUGGCAUAUACAAGGUCAGUAUGGACGGAAGAAGCGCGGUAACGAAGAUCCACAACUCAGAGACAGCCGGUUCUAAGCCGUGGGGAUUGUUGGUGGACUACCAGGACAGGAGACUCUACUGGAUCACAAAACUGGACGAGGAGAACCAGGACUCUAUCAAGUCCAGUAACCUGGACGGAAGCAGGGUGGUACAGCUCAAGAAAGGCUCCACCAACUUAAUAAACUUCCUGGCAGUUCACAAGGACCAAGUUUACUACUUUGAUGAGAGGAGAGAAAUGGUUACCAGCUUCAACAAAUCAAGUGGAGCUGAUACGGGCUACCAAGCAAAUAUAUCGGACUGGGCCGGAAUAUCAGGAGUAGGCAUGGUCCAUCCAGCCCAGCAACCUUGGGUGUACUCAAAGUGCGGUCAAAGCAUUUCACCUUGCCCACAUCUAUGUUUACUUACUCCGGAAACAACAGACUUCUUCCACUGUCAAUGCAGUCUGGGGUACGCCAAUGUCCCUAAUGUCGGAUGUGUCCAGGAUAGCAAGUUUGCUGUGAUGGUUACAGACUCUGGUAUAUACGAAGUAAACGCCAACUCAGAGGCGUUACCAAGACAACUGCCUGUCAGGAUUACUCCCUCUGUCGACCGUGUCCAUGUUAACCCAGUCUCACAAGAAAUAAUAUUCCUGGAUUCUCAACUUGGUAGAAUUGCCCGCACUACACUCGAAGGAGAUGGCACUAAAUCACUGAUUGACCGUAUGCUGGAGGGUGCAAGGGAACUUCAAGUAGACUAUGUUAACAAGCUUAUGUUCUGGAUUAUCGGGGAUGCUCUAAAGGUAGCGGACACAGACGGUAAUUCUACUCGAACAGUACUAGAAACAGGCAUGACAGGGGCGGAGCAGGUUAUUGUGGAUAGCUUGAGUGGAGUUCUGAGGUGGAUUGUACAUGAGGACAAGCCUUGGAAAAAGAGGAGCACUUCUAAACUCAGUAUUGUUUCUGCUAAAUACUCAGGAGAGAUGCUGACUAAAAUACCCCUACCUUCCGAGAGUGUAGACUCAUUGGCCAGCUCUCGAGAUCACGAUCUGUUGAUUUGGGUAAACAAAGCGACCAACAAGAUAGAGUUUAUACACAUGAAUGAUACGUCACUUAACGUUAAAGUUAACUCUAUCGAUGUAGAGGAAGGUACAGUAAGUCACGUGGCAAUGGUCAGCUCCGAGAUUUAUUACAGAGUUGAGGAACCUCCUUCUGGCACAGGAACAGUUGUUGGGUACCUCUACAAAACAAGUAUAACAGACUGGAGUGAACGGACCCGUAUAACCAAGAUACCUCCAAUCAAACAUCUGCUUCUCUACGACGCUUCUCAGAACUUCUGGAGGGGAGAUAUAAAGGAGAUCCAAUCAAACGACACAUUAGUGGACUACGAUACUGCAGCUAGUUACUGUAAAGACGUGUACCAAGGAACACUGGCUGUUAUCAAGGACCAGGACCAGAACAACGAGAUUUUACAACAGCUCAGGGGUGAUGAGAUGUGGAUAGGAUAUAGGAGAGCAGACGACAGUGCUGCAGACUGGACCUGGCAGGGAGGUGAUCUGUCUCUCUACACAAACUGGGCCCCGGAAGAACCGGAGGACUUCAUCUCUGUUCCGGAUCGGUACGCUGCGUUGGGGACUGACGGAAAGUGGUACGGAAGAGGAGCGGAGGAAACACGUGGUUUUAUCUGCGAGCGUAUUACCCAUUCCAACCCCUGCAGAGAGAAGGAGUGUUCACAUUUGUGUCUACCAAGUAAGAGUGGAGCAACGUGUGUCUGCCCUGAAUACAUUGAGUUAGGUCCGGAUGGUAAGACAUGUAAGAGCAGCCCGUGUGAUGAAGCUGGUUGUGAGCAGGGUUGUUUUAUCUCUUCUGACCUGACUCCUACAUGCACCUGUCGUCCUGGUCAAGUGGCACGAGAAGACUUCGGUAAAAAGAUCUGUACAAUUUCCCCAAGUGCUCUGAUAAUAGCAACCACCAACUCUAUCAUCUACAGAACCCUUGAAGCUGCCGUUCCUUACGUCUCUACGAUAGCUCAAUCUUACGUCCAGCAGACCUCAUCCCUGGCCGUCAACGCCCUUACCAACCAAACCUACUACUCGGACGGCAUCUCUAAUGAGGUGUUUGUGAUACACAAAGUAGGAACUGAUAACGAGGAGGUUGAACAGUUGUUCCGGGAGAAAUUAGUUAACGUAUCCGGGAUUGUGGACUUGGCUUAUGACUGGCUUGACGAGCGUCUUUACUACGUUUUGCAUACACCGCAAGGGUACACGAUAAAACGGCGGAAAGUGAAACAUCUUCUCGAUUACCAGGAUCUUCUUACGGAAAAGGAACCCAUUACAUCACUCUGGCUACACAGCAACUAUCAGUUCAUGUACUACACCAUGGCUGAUGGGAGUGUUAAGAGAUGCUUAUUGGAAGGUAAAGCCUGUAAGGUAAUCUACACAGCGUUAGAUGGUGGUGGUUACAAGGUUCAUGCUGUCACUUCAGACCCCAGAACUAAAACCUUGUAUCUGGCAACAUCCAGUUCUGUUAUAAAGACUGAUCUGGAGGGUAAAGAUCCGGUAACUCACAUCACCUAUGGGGAUGGUCAACCUAGUCAACCAGCUGUGGCAGUUAUUGGAGACACAUUCUACUGGGUAGCCGCUGACAAACACGGAGAUGUAGUUACUAGAGCAAUACGAUCUGCAGAUAUUGAAGGUAGUACAAAGCGGAAAAAGCUCUACCACGCUCGACUAGAGUACGCUAGUACGGGACAAUACGAAAAAGUGAAGAAAAUCGCAAUAAUGGAUCCAGCUUUAUGCGUUUUUGACCCAGAAACGCUCGCCUCCACCUCGUCCAAAACGUCGCUAGUGGCCGGUGUGAUCAGUGGGAUAGCGAUCAUUGUAAUUUUAGUAGCCAUAGUAAUCUUCGUUCGGUUAAAGAGGAGAGGUUUCACUUUCCUCCCAUAUGAGCGAUUACGGAGGAACGAUCACCAGGUCCUGAUGGAGAACAUGGGAGAUGUAACAUACGAUAACCCGGUCUAUGAGUUUGAUCCUGACGAUCAGUUAGACAACCCCUCAGACAGACUCGUCCACCUCCCACCCCCUCUAACUACUAGCGGUGCUGAAAACGUGGAGGAUUAUAACAUGGAAGUGUCACUACAAGGUUAUGAGAACGAGUACGAGGUGUCUGAUGACGAGCACGACACUAGCAUAUUUGACAACGACAAAAUAUGACGUCACCACAUCAUCACGUGACCUCAUUGAUCUUCACGUGACGUCAUCAGUUUUUAGUGACAUAAUAAGUGAGCACAGUUACACGAGGAAAUAAUGGCGGGCUGGUCCUUGGAAUUUCCCUUUUUUCCCAAAUAUACGACCCGGGAAAGACAAUAGUAUCAGUAUGACUAUGACGUCAUGACCAAACACGUGACAUCAUCAGUAACAGCUUGACGUCAUUAUUGUGACCCUAGUUUGUUCAGACUGACAGAUUAUUGUAUUUAUGAUAUUGAAUUGUGAUGUAGCCUUAUGGUGUGUUUCUUGAUAAUAUGCAAAUAUUUUUAUACAAACUGUAUACAUUGUGGAUACAAACUAAAUAUAUCUCCGAUAUUUUAUGUUCAGUUAUUUUUAACAGUUUUAUCGCUUUUAGAUGAUAUUUUCUUUCGAUAAAGGGCUGCUUUACAAUUUGUUAGAAUUUAAAUUUUG